AUGAUAGUUUAUAGAUUAUUAAGUUGGUUACUUACAUUUAACAACGUUGAAGGAAAAAAUCUCGCUAUAUGUGGUGAUGACGGAGUUGUAUAUUUAGAAUUCAACGAAGCUGAUCUUAUGUGUUUGGUUACACAGGAAGGUCAGAUUAUGGUUGCACAUAGAACUAGUGAAACUGGUGAAUUUAGUCCAUUACAGGUUGUUAAUACUAAUACCAAUGAACUUACAGUUGUUGAUUCAUUACCUGCACCAUUCCAAAAUAUUGUAAAUCAGGCAUCUCAAAUUGAAAGCCAAAAUACUUUUAUUGCAAAUUCCCCAUAUAGAGACUUUUAUGUAGCUAAUAAUGAACAACAACCAAUAAUUCAAGCUACUCCAAUGCCA